CCGAUCCCUUAACGGUUCGACGGAGGAGGGGAAAAAAAACGUUUUCAAGGUUAAAAGUCCUCGUUGCCUGGCCAACCAAUCAUAUUUUUUGACGCCUCAAAAGCGGCUAAAGUCGGACUAUAAAAACCGCAGGCGCUAAUAAAAGUGUGAUACGGGGACAUUAUCGGGAAGACUUUGUCCAAGCCACACCGCAGGAUCCUCUCCUCCCCCGCCCCCCCCAAGACGAUGCAUCUGUCUCAGAUACUUUUGUCGUUUACUCUGCUGGCGCUCCUACCGGCUCCGGUGGCCCCGGGCGAGCGAGAGACGCGCCCGCAGACUCCCACCAGCAGCGGGCCGGAGGACGCGGAGCAGCAGUGCGCCACCUGCGACGUCCGCCAGCAAAUCAAAAGCAUGCGUCUGAACGCCAUCAAGUCCCAGAUCCUGAGCAAGCUGCGCAUGAAAGAAGCUCCCAACAUCAGCCGCGAUGUGGUCAAGCAGCUCCUGCCCAAAGCGCCGCCGCUGCAGCAGCUGCUGGACCAGUACGACGUGCUGGGGGACGACAACCGGCACGCCACCGUGGACGACGACGACGAGCAUGCGGUCACGGAGACCAUCAUGAUGAUGGCGACUGAACCUGAGAGCGUGGUCCAAGUAAAAGGAGACCCAAAGUGCUGCUUCUUCUCCUUCACCCAAAAGUUUCAAGCCAGCCGCAUAUUCCGGGCUCAGCUGUGGGUGCACCUGCGUCCCACCGACGAGGACACCACCGUCUUCCUGCAGAUCUCUAGACUGACCCCGGUUUCGGACGGCAACCGGCACAUCAGGAUCCGCUCCUUGAAGAUCGAGGUGAACGCCGGAGUUAGCUCCUGGCAGAGCAUCGAUGUCAAACAAGUGCUGAGUGUGUGGCUGCGGCAGCCCGAGACCAACUGGGGCAUCGAGAUCAACGCCUACGACAACAAAGGCAAUGAUCUGGUGGUGACGGCUGCAGAACCGGGACUAGAAGGGCUGCAACCGUUCAUGGAGGUGAAGCUCUCCGAGGGCCCCAAGCGUGUGAGGAGAGACUCGGGCCUGGACUGUGACGAGAACUCCCCGGAGUCCAGAUGCUGCCGUUACCCGCUCACGGUGGACUUUGAAGACUUCGGCUGGGACUGGAUCAUCGCGCCCAAGCGUUACAAGGCCAACUAUUGCUCUGGGGAGUGUGAGUACAUGCAUUUGCAGAAGUACCCGCACACACACCUGGUGAACAAAGCCAACCCCAGAGGCAACGCGGGCCCCUGCUGUACGCCCACGAAGAUGUCGCCCAUCAACAUGCUCUACUUCAACCGCAAAGAGCAGAUCAUCUAUGGCAAGAUCCCCUCCAUGGUGGUGGACCGCUGUGGGUGCUCCUGAGCCCAGAGAGCAGGAUUUAGACGCCUCCGCCUACAGACUUUUUUUUUAUCCAAACACCAAUUCCAGUACUUUCCUGCAAAACACGGUGCAAUAGAACCACACUAGAGGUCCCGAUAAGCUUUCACACGUGGCAUACUGUAGCUGCUUUCUCUCCUCCAGUCAAACGUUAGCCAUGCUGGCUUGAUGGCACACACACACACACACACACACACACACACACACACACACACACACACACACACACACACACACACACACACACACACACACACACACACACACACACACACACACACACACACACUCACACACACACACACUCGCA